AAAACAGCAUAUGUUGUAGACAAUUUAGCGCUCCUCAUCCCUCUUUUGUUUACCUUCUCCCUGUGUCGUCGCGAUGAAGUUGCAGCUUUGUAAUUUCAGCGGGUACAAAAUCCAACCCGGCCAUGGCAAGACUAUGGUCAGGACGGACGGGAAGGUGUACGUGUUUAUGAGUGCAAAAUGUGAGCGCGCCCACAUGAUGAAGAGGAACCCACGUGAAGUGAGGUGGACCAUCCUCUACAGGCGGAAGCACAAGAAGGGUAUGGAGGAGGAGACGACCAAGAAGCGCACUCGUCGCACUCAGAAGUACCAGAGAGCCAUCGUUGGUGCCUCCCUCAUCGACAUUAUGACUAAGAGGAACAUGAAGCCUGAGGUGCGCAAGGCCCAGCGAGAGCAGGCAAUCAGAGCUGCCAAGGAGAAGAACAGGGCAGCCAAGGCAAGCAAGAAAGCCAAUGCUCCAGCACCCACCAAGUCCAAGAAGACCACGCAGAAGGCCCCCAAGAUGCCCCGCGCUGGAAGGCCUGGACAUGGAGGGCACGGCGGACGGCGCUGAUUGAAAUAAAUAUAGCUUACAAGUGUA